AUGAAAAAUUACCUAAUAAAAGAUAAUGUAGAAAAUAGUGAAAUGUGUAAUAAAAAAAAAAAAAGUAAGGACCAAAUAGUUAUAGACUAUGUGUAUAAAAAUAUUUUUAACAAAAACAUAUUUCUUAACAUUUUUAAAAGAAAUAAUUAUAAUGGCAUAGAAAAAAACAAAACCAUAACAAAAAAAGACACAAGUAAUAUAGAUAUUGAGAAAAGAAAAGAAGAAAUAAAAAAUUAUAAAAAAGAAAAAAAUAAUAAUGAAGAAUAUUUAUUAUUUUUAAGUUAUGUAUAUAAUGAUUUAAUAUCCUUUAUAGAAAAUGAUAAAGAAUAUCAUCUUAAAAAUUCAGAGUUCUCAGAUAUUGAAGAUUUAAUUAUAGACAUAUGUGGAAAUAUAUGCCACAAAAGUUUCAAUAAUAUAAAAAAAAUAUUUAGUAAAUCGCAAAAAGAUCAAGAAGAGGGAAAAGAUCAAAAUAAUGUUUAUAGUGAUAUGAAUGAUAAAUGGAUAGAUGCUGAAAUAAACAAAAAUAAAAAUUAUAAUGAGCCUUCUUUUUUUUUUAUACCGCCAAUGGAAUUUAUUGUUUCACAUAUUUAUAAAUUAAAUUCAAAUUUGAAUAAAAAUUAUGUGUGUAAAGAAAGAGAAAAUAUACAAGCAUUCAUAAAAAAUAAUAAUUAUGAUAAAAAAUGUAAUAUACUAAAUAAUAUAUUAAAUAACGAGCCACCAUUAAAUAGUAAAGAAGAUGAAAUACAAAAUGAGUUUGAAAAUAAAGCUAAUAAAAAAAAGAAAAAUAGUAUAUAUAUAUAUCUUAGUAGAAUGAAUGAUAAAUCUAUUUCAAAUGGUAGUCAAGAUGAAAAAUCAAAAUUUUCUUUAGAAAAAGAAAUCAAAAUAAGUGAGCAUAAACUUAAUGAUUCAAUCUUUGAGUACCCAUAUAAAGAAAUAAAUGAAAGUUCUGAUUAUACACAUGACAGUGAUGGGUAUAACAGUAGUAGCCAAGAUGAAUUAAUUUCCGAAAGUGCAAAUAGCUUAGAAACAUUUAAUGAGCAAAUAUGCAAUGAAAAAUCUAGACAUAAUACAUCUCAAAAUGGAACAAACAUACCGAAUGAACAAAAUGAAAACGAAAUACUCAAUGUCCCCGACUUCAAAGAAAAUAAAAUAAUUUCUAACAUUUCCAUGAAUGAAAGCAUUUCAUAUAAAGAAAAAGACGAAAAUGAAACGAACAGUAAACAUGUAGAUAAUUUAAAUAACUAUUAUUCAUUAAAAUGUUAUGAUUCUAACAGCUUAUUCUCAAAAAGUUUUAAUUUUUAUGAAAAUAUAAAACAUGAUUUCAUGUGUAGCAAUGAUAACAAAAAUAAAACAAGUAAUACAAUUACAUCCUCACAACAAAAUAAUAAUUGUCAUAUUUUAAAGGAUGAAAAUGAUAUAUACUCAAAUGUGUUUAAGGAUAAAGAAAUUCAAAAUACAAUGUAUUAUAUGAAUAAUGAUAAUAGUGAUAAUCGAGAUGAUAAUGAUAAUAAUUCAAUAGCAAAUGAAGGAAUAAAAAGAGUUGUAAAUAUAGCAAAUAGUAUAAACCCUAUUGAAGCUCAAAAUGUUUUAGGUACUUAUGAAAAUAACAGUUUGUGUGAAGAUAAUAAUAUAAUGACAAACAUUGAACUAGCAAAAAUAAAUUCGAAUAAACUCAUCAAAUAUACAAAUUAUAAUGACUCUCAAAUUAACAAUGUGUGCAUAAAUUAUGAAGAAAGACAAAACAACAUAAAAGAGAACAUUAUAGUUAACAUUGAUGAUAAAAUAAAAAUUCGUAAAUAUGAUAAGCAUUCUUUUGAAAACAAGCAAUUAAUAAUUAAACACAAUGAAUAUUAUGAAAAAUUAAAUAAAAUGUUAAUAAAUAAAAAAGAAAAAAUAUAUAAAGAACAGAAAGAAUAUACAAAAAAUAAUAACUUACAUGAUGAUUAUUAUUAUUUUAAAUAUGUAAAUACUUAUGAAAAUAAUUUAAAUCCAUAUUGUUAUACUAAGAUAUUGAAAAAAGCAAAUAUAAAAAUAACUCGAUCCCCAUUUCCACAAUUUUUAAGGGAUAUACAAAUAUACAACAUUCCCACGAAAAAAAUCAGACUAAAAAAAACAAAUAUUGCCUUAAAGACAGAAAAUGCAGGAGCAGAGAGUAAAACCCAAAAUAAUGAAAGGAAGCGAAACAAAGUGAAAAAUAAUAAGAAAAAGGAAAUGAAAUAA